AUGAGUUAUAAUGAGAAUAAAAAAUUGGACGAAGAUACAUUCAUCCAUCGAUACUGUCACCAAGUUCUUGAAGAAAUAUUCAAUAAAACUGAAUACUCAUUGAUUUGGGCUAAUGGUGAAUCUGAAAGUUCUAAAGCAAGAUGUUUAUUGGAUGGUCACAACCAUGGCAGAAAACCAGACUUUCGGAUCCUCUCAAAGAUCGAUGACACCGACAAAGAACUUAUAUUUGGCGAAAUAAAGCCACCACAUUGUACUGAUACCAUAAAUAAAAGCAUAAUAAAAUUAGCAGAGUUCAUGAAAGGGUCUUUAGACUUUAUUAUUAGUAUGUACGGCUAUGUGGUUGGUCUGGAAACAUAUGGGAACGAAAUUAAAAUUUUUAGCAUGGAUUUGGCAUACGAUGGUCUAUACCGUUGUAAUCAAUUAUCGAAAGUAUUGCUCCCAACGGAGAAUGCGAAUUUUUUAAACAUCAUCACUGUAGUAUCUACUCUAUAUUCAUUAUUGAUAAGUGUAUCAAACAAAACCCGAGAGGCAGAGCCUUGUCUAACUGCACGUGAAGUGAAAAAUCCUCAAACUCGAGAUCAAUUCAAUCUCUGGAUUGCUGAGAACCUUGCAAUGUAUAGACAUUACCCUAGUAUGUACAACAUCUUUCGUGGUAGAGAAUAUAAAGAAUAUUAUAUUCCAUAUGAUUGGAUAGGAGAUAAGAAAUACCAAUUAAAUAAUAGAUUGUAUAAGCAUGUUGUAGAUUUGCUAAGAGAACGAGGUUACAGAAUAGUUAAUAGCAGACCUUGGUAUGAAAUGAUAAAAUGGGCAGAUAAACCAGAUAAAUAUCUUAACAACAAAAAUUUCGUCAGAAUCGAAUAA